UGCUAAUUACUUAUAUUUGCAGGAGUUCUAAACUGAGAAGUCACUCUGAUGUAUAGCAAUCAUAGACCAAACUUGUGAAUUUGGAGAAAAAGACUUUUGAGAUUGGUGCUUACUGUCCAUAUAAGAAACCAAAAGGGUGGUACUACGACAAGAUAAAGAAAACAUGGCCAUCAAAGAGGAGGAGAAGGAGGAGGUAAGAGAGCCACUCUUUGCUGUUGAAGAUGGAUCACCUGCUCAUGAAUACAGCAAAGACAAUCCAUGGAUGGUUUAUUUAAGCACGUUUGUUGCAGUUUGUGGCUCCUAUGAAUUUGGAACUUGUGCGGGUUAUUCAUCACCUACUCAGUCUGCUAUAAGAGAGGAUCUGAAUUUAUCUUUAGCUGACUACUCUCUGUUUGGCUCCAUAUUGACUUUUGGUGCAAUGAUUGGAGCAAUCACAAGCGGUACAAUCGCCGAUCUCGUUGGUCGAAAAGGGGCCAUGAGGGUGUACACUGCUUUCUGCGUUACAGGGUGGCUUUCUAUUUACUUUGCCAAGGACGCUUUGGCUUUGGACAUCGGAAGACUGGCCACAGGAUAUGGAAUGGGAGCCUUUUCUUAUGUGGUACCUGUUUUCAUAGCUGAAAUUGCACCCAAGAAUCAUAGAGGCUUACUGACUGCUUCAAACCAGUUCAUGAUCUGUGCUGGCGUUUCUGUUUCCUUCAUUAUUGGGAAUGUACUAACAUGGAGGGCACUGGCAUUAGUCGCACUUAUUCCAUGCGCCGUUUUGCUUUUCGGUCUCUCCUUCAUUCCAGAGUCUCCAAGAUGGCUGGCAAAGGCAGGGCGCCACAAAGAGUUCGAAGCUUCACUGCAGAAACUACGCGGCAAGGAUGCCGACAUAUCUCACGAGGCGGCUGAAAUCCAGGAUUACAUAACGACACUUGAACAGCUUCCUAAGGCCAAACUAUUGGACUUAUUUCAAAAGAGAUACCUGCGCUCUAUCAUUAUAGGACUUGGGCUAAUGGUUUGUCAACAAUUUGGUGGGAUCAAUGGAAUAUGUUUCUAUACCAGCAGCAUCUUUGAGUCAGCAGGAUUCUCCCCUACCCUUGGAACUAUAAUAUAUGCAAUCAUUCAGGUUGUGAUUACUGGCCUUGGCGCAGCCGUGGUCGAUAAAGUAGGAAGAAAACCUCUGUUACUGGUUUCUGCAACAGGAUUGGUACUAGGCUGCAUACUACCGGCUAUUUCGUUUUAUCUGAAGGCUCAUGAAUUGGCACUCCAAGCAAGCCCUAUACUAGCUGUAACUGGCAUAAUGCUUUACAUAGGGUCAUUUUCGGCUGGAAUGGGAGCAGUUCCUUGGAUUGUAAUGUCUGAGAUUUUCCCUAUAAACAUCAAAGGACAAGCUGGAAGUUUAGCAACAUUAAUGAAUUGGUUUGGUGCAUGGUUGUGUUCCUACAGUUUCAACUUUCUGAUGGCCUGGAGUUCCUAUGGUACCUUUAUUAUUUAUGCAGCAGUAUACGUUCUGGCUAUAUUGUUCAUUAUCACGGUGGUACCGGAAACAAAGGGAAAAACUCUGGAACAAAUCCAAGCAGCCAUUAAUGUGUAAAGCAUUCUUUUGGUGGGAUAUUAUUCAUUGUAAAUUUGAAUGCUCAAUUUGACAUAUUGAAAAAGGAGGCCAAAUAAAAAAUUAAAAAAUAAGAAAGGAAAAAAAUAAAAAAGGAUGAUGGGGAAAAGGUUUGCCACGUAUCAA